AUGGCAUAAGUUAAUAAAAGGAAGUAAUCUAAAUCUUUAGAUGAUAGUGAAGUAGCAAUAAUCAAAUUAAGUUAUAGUAUAGAGUGAAGCAGUGUAAGGUAGGUGGAUAAAGGAAGAACAUUAAAGAUUUGUAGAAGCAUUGAGUAUACAUGGGAAGAAUUGGAAAAAAGUAGAAGAAUAUGUUGGUACAAGAAGUGGAGCAUAAAUUAGGUAAUAUUGAAAUCGAUUAUUUACAUAGGUCUCAUGCUCAGAAAUUUUUCAAUAGACUUGAGAAAGAAUUUAAUAAAUAAUUUAAUGGGCUUAAGAGUUCAGAAAUUAAGUAAAUUUUUGAGAAUAAAAUGUUUCAUUAAUAUUCUGAAGGAGAAUCAAUUUAAAAAAAAUAGAAAAACAACUCUAUAAUGGGUAUGACCUCAUAUCUUUUAUAAUUUUAUUUUUAGAUGUUUCUGAAGAUGAAUUAGCGUUAAAUGUCGAAUCUAUGUAAGUUGAAUCUAAUCAAUAAUCAUAAUAAAUUAAAACUCAAAUACAAUAAGGUACUUUAGACCUAAAUUUACCUGACUCCCAAAUUCAUAAUACUACUAAAGAAUAAGUUACUAAAUAUUAAUAAAAAUAAAACAAAAUUCAAAAAAAACUCUAAGAUGUCUCAGAUUUAAAUCAACUUUCUGAUGAACUUCUUAAAGAUAUUUGUAAAUUACAUAAUGAAAAAAGUCAGNACAUUAGGUUCAUGUUUUUUGAUUAAUUUUUUUUUUGAUUAUUUUGGUUUUUAACAUAUUAUUUUCUUUUCUUUAAUAAUUUAUACUUUUUAUUCUGUUUUUUAUGAUUAUUAGUUUUGA